AUGACUGCCGUUGUAACCACAGCUCCAAUGGGUGUCGGCCCUCUCGCCCAAAACAUCAAGGAGAAUGCGGCUAUCAAUGUUGCUGAAAUCGACAUCAACAACACUGACAGAUUCCUCAUUCACUCUCCUUACACAGAUCCGGCGCACUUGCUAGAUCUCGAGACCCUCGAUGACGAGAAUGCCCUCCUCGCCAGGGCAUUGUCUCACAUGGAGUGCCUCCGAGCGGACUACGCCACGGCCGGCUAUGUUGAGUCCUUCAAUUGGGAGGAAGUCAUGGGCGAGCUUAAAAGUCUCGUUCAAUCCACAGGGAAAACGUUCAAGGAAACUUCCUUUUACAUCGUUGCAUUCCGUUCGACGAUUCCGCCAUCGACAGUCUAUGAGGAUCUUGGCGUUCUGGACAAGGCCGCGCAUGCCGAAGCCAACCAAGUCGGAGGCUUCCUGAAAUAUUGGUUCGGAAGUCCCGACUCAGAAGGGAGAAAUCUGGCAACUUGCGUCUGGAGAUCAAGACCAGAUGCUGUGAAAGCCGGCCAAGGACCUGAGCAUCGCCGGGCAAGUCGUGCGACAGCGUCCAUGUACUCUUUUUGGCGUAUCGAUCGUCACCGCCUGGUCAUUCGUGACGGCGCCGAACGCUGGGAGAUUAUCGACUGGGUCGAUUGA